CAAAGGUUAGGACUGUGAGUCUGCAUUGUGCGAUGUGCAGCUCUAUAGGGUAGUACAUGAGCACAAAUAUCAAACAAUAAACCUGCUGUCUGGUUUUUACAUUUAGGUCCAUCACAAGGAUCACACCAUGGAUCUAAAAUGGAAUACAUUCCCAGUCUACGGGGCCAUGUUGCUUCUACUGCUGUCUCAUUUACACACCAAGUGCAACGCUCAAAGAGAUUGCUGGUCAGACAUGCCCAGGAUAACAUCUGUGGAGGAGAACAAUCCAAUUGGAUACAAGCUUGGGAAUAUUAGCACAGAAGCAGGUGUAACACUCACUAAAUUUGAAGAUUUAAGCAAUUCAUUUGGGUUGGAAAACCAAACACUGUUUUUAACUAAAGAAUUGGACUUUGAGGCAACGACUCAAUUCAUAGACGUCACAAUUGCUUGCCUACGUGGUGGAAACACAGUUGGUGCAAAAACUUUAACAUUUUCGGUUGAUAUUGUAAAUGUGAAUGACAACUCUCCACAAUUCGAUCAAGCUGAAUACGUCAUCCUAGUUAAAGAGCUUGAACCGCUUAAUACAAUUGUUGCCAGAAUUGUUGCUACUGAUGCUGAUAAAGACCAGCUGUUUUAUGACUUUGACAAGACAACUGACGGAUAUGAUUAUUUCCAAUUAUUAACUCAGAAUUCUCCGAAUAUAACGAUAAAGAAGGUUAUUGAUUACGAUACAGCAAAGCAGCUGAAGCUGAUUUUAUUUGCCAGGGAUACACCAGCUGCUGUACAAGGCAAUACUGCCACUGCAACAAUAACUGUAAAUGUUAAGGAUGUUGAUAACAGGCCGCCAUGGUUUCAGCCCUGCCAGCAACUACCUGAUGAAACCACCAAAAUCUGCCUCAGUUCAGGUUACACAGGCAAUGUUAAUUUAACAGAGAAAGUGGAUGGCCCUUUGCCGCUGGAUCCAGGUCCUCUUUAUGCUAUUGAUGGUGAUGUAGGGAUUAAUACACCUAUCACCUAUACAAUUGUCAGUGGAAACGAACUCAAAAUAUUUGCCAUCAAUCCAGAUUCUGGAAACAUAACAAUGACUAAAGCUGCUGGUUUAGCAGGUCCCAUAACACUGUCAGUCAUGGCUGCCCAGGCUAACGACCUGAAUAAAUUUGCACUCACCACGGUUACCAUUAACGUUUUAAAGAAAAGUGUAUACCCCCCGGUAUUUGAAGCAAACAGUUAUGAGGGGCUUGUACCCCAUGACGCCGAAGUCGGUAGCAUGGUUCUUCAAGUGAAUUCUUUUAAUAAGCCUUUGAGGGUCUCUGCAAGAGACCAGGACUUUGAUGAUGGGGUGAAUCCUGAUUUGGCGUACAAGGUUCAAGGCAGUACUGAUUUUAUAGUGACCAAAGAAGGAUAUGUACUUAUAAAUAAAAAGCUAACCCCAGGUCAACUUAAUGUAAUGGUAAUCGCAGAAGAUACUACAAAUCUAGAAUCAGCAACAGCCAAUAUCCACGUAGAAGUCCAAGAGGGUCUUACUAGCACUUCCAUGCCGCCCACAACCGCUGAAACCACAGAGACAUCCACAACGCCGUUACCAGACACGACGUCUAACUCCCCAUCGACCAUAAGCCAAGCUCCCAAGACAGAAGGAGCCCCUGUUCCAAAAGGAGGUUUCAGCUCAGAGGAUAUGGCUGCCCUUGGGGCAAGUUUAGCUGUCUUGCUGGUUCUUUGUAUGGCAAUCAUUGGUGUGCUGGUAUUUAAAAUCCAUAAAGGAAAAAAGGACUGGGAGCAGUUAUCACAAACCAGCUUAGUACGUAAUACUUUUGGACGAGACUCCCUUAAAAAGAAACCAAGGUUGCAGUUUGAUAAUGAAGGCUACAAUACUUAUGAAAAUACAAACAACUCUGGAACAAAGGUUCCCGAUGAACCAGAUAAUGUGUCUGACCACGAGCCAGACCAGGAGCCAAAACAGGAGCCGGAUCAACCAACACAUAAGGACUCUGUGACCUUCCUUGAGAACCAGGUUGCCCUGUCUGCCACUGCGAUGGUCUCCAUUCUGAAGGCUGACACCAGCAGCCAAGAUGGCUCAGAGGACGCUGACAGUGACAAAGAAAUCAAGUCCAUCCUCACCAAAGAAAGAAAGAAUGAUGAAGAGUACAAAUCUGUGUGGUUCAAGGAGGACAUUGUCCCCGAUGCCAAAGAAGACGUGCUGAUAAUCGAGAAUGACCUGGAGGUGGAAGAUGAGGAGGACUUAGAUGAGGGGGAUGAGUCAAGUGAAGACGAUAAAGACGACCAUCCCGAUUCACCUAGAACCAAGUCUAAGGUGUUUUUCGAAGAUCCACCUACAGGGGUCGAUAUUGGCCCCAAAGUUACUUUCGAAGACCCUGCAAAUACAUCCACCUACACCACCACAGAAAUUUAGAAUGAUACUUCUUGAGGUUGCCGUAAAUGAUCACUAUAAACAUCAAUUGAUUGUAUAUUUUAUAUUGUUUCUUUGGACAACCACGUGAAAUGUUUUUAGGAAUUAUUUGAAAAUUUUAAACAAAGUUCAUGUUUCCUAAUAUAUAUUUAAAAUUGUUAAAUAAAAUACUUCUGGAGCAAAAUCAAUAAGCUAAAUAAGGAUACUGGUCUUGUCUGUAAAUCAUAAUUUUUAUAUUGUGAGAUAUAAUGAUACAAAUAAGCUUUAUUAUUAUCCUUUUUUUACACUGCUAAAAUAUAUAAGAAUUAUGGUUAUUCUGUCUAUUGAUUGUACAGAUGUCAUAAUAAUGCCAUAACAUCACAGCAUAUAUUUUUGUAAAAUAAUAUUUUGCCUGCGAUAUAUCACGUGUUUAGAAUUAUUCCAAAACCUGUCAUAGUCACCACUUGUGAUGUUUUUUUUUUUUUUAACUUUUAUGUUAUAAUAUGUUAAAACCAAUAUAUAUAUAUACAAUAAAAUAUUCAAUUUCAUUUAA